UGCGAGUCACGUGAUACACCAAUAUAGCUCGCCAUUUUGGUUUUCUAUUAUGGCUCAUUUGGACAGAAUAUGAGUCACUUAGAAAGAGUAUAUCUAUUUUAUUUCAUUGGUUUUAGUCAGUUUUUACUCCACAGAUGUUAGUAGAAUGUGUAAUAAGUCUGUCCAACCGAUAAGGGAGCUUUCUAGACGAGGAAAGGUGUUGUUGCCGGAGCCAGGAAUUGUGUAAGACAGGCAGUGUUGUCCAGCUACCCACCCUGUCAAAUGAGCAGUGCUAGUGUAGACUCAGUCUGCUAUUUAGGAUCACUGUGAUCACUAUACAGUUUCUGUGUACUGGUUGUGUAGUUCAAGAAAUGAACAUGGGCCAGAAAGUAUCGGGUGGUAUUAAAACUAUUUCUAAUUCACGAGAACCAACAUACAAGGCUAUCAACAGAGAGCCAGCGUACAAUCCAGAUUUCCAAAAACCUAGUCGUCUUGACGCACUCUUGGACAUGCCUCCGGCGCCAAGGGACGUGCAACUGUCUCAUGCCUGGAAUCCGGACGACCGAUCUCUAAAUAUAUUCGUUAAGGAUGAUGAUGCUAUGACGUUUCAUCGGCAUCCUGUUGCUCAAAGUACAGAUUGUAUUCGUGGCCGAGUGGGCUACACGAGGGGACUCCAUGUUUGGGAAAUUGUGUGGAGUACACGACAAAGAGGCACCCACGCAGUGGUGGGCGUGUCUACAACUGAUGGGCCAUUGCACUGUGUGGGAUACCAGAGCCUAGUCGGCAGUAGUAAAGAAUCCUGGGGCUGGGAUCUCGGCAGGAAUAAACUCUACCAUGAUAUGAAGAACAAUCCUGGACUAACAUAUCCCACUCUGUUAAACCCAGAUGAGAAUUUUGUGGUGCCGGACAGUUUCCUAGUUGUGUUAGAUAUGGAUGAAGGAACACUGAGUUUUGUUGUAGACGGACAAUACCUGGGUGUGGCUUUCAGGGGACUGAAAGGGAAGAAGCUGUACCCCAUAGUCAGUGCUGUGUGGGGCCAUUGUGAAAUCACAAUGAGGUACAUCGGUGGCCUUGAUCCUGAGCCAUUGCCUCUCAUGGACAUAUGUCGGCGCACAGUUCGACAACAGUUGGGCAAGAACAGAUUACAUGAAAUACACCGACUUCCUCUACCCAAUUCCCUUAAGAGUUAUUUGCUGUACCAAUCAUAGCAUGGACGGACGGACGGACGACGGACGCAUACACAAGAAUAGUUGUGACCCAGGACCCCCCUACUGUUUGUCUGCCUUGAGGCGAACCAGUUCAUUCUACUGUGAAGGGGGUGUUGGAGAUGGCAUGUUCCACUCUUCCAUUGGGGAGGUUCUGGAAUGCAAUUUUCACAACACUCCAUAUCACCAACUUUGACACGCUGGACAAUUGAGCCAAAUUAGGAACAUUAUAUAUUUUUUAAACAAUGAUGCCGCAUGUUCUAUGAAAUGUGUGAUUUUUUUAAUGAGCCGUGUGAAUGCAGCACUGAUAAAAUGUGAUUUUUGCGGUUUUACGUGGGUAUGAACAAUGUUUUACAAUGAUUCCCAAUGCUGGUAAUUGUUCUAGGACAGAAGAUUGCAUUGAAGUCUGUCAAUGGCAAUUCUAAAAGUUGUUUUGUCUCAUGCUUUUAGAUAGCAACUGGUUUUGGUGGCCAUACCCCAUAUAUAGCUUUUUUGAAAAGUAUGUCUUGGACGAUGGCUGCCCAAUACUUCGAUGAAUUAUCUUGAAAUAGAAAGCAUGUUCUGCUUUUUCUUUUAUGGUAACUUGUUGAAGUUUUACAAGUUUAUUGUAACAUUAUGGUAUUAAUAAGCAGACUUUUUAAGAUUGAAAUGUUUAAGCAGUGUGUUGCUGAGCUUUGAACACACUGCCCUUGUUAUUACCACCUUUAACAUUAGGAAUCCAAGAUUUCAGUGCAUAUUUGACCAUGUUUGCUACUACAACUAUUGCACAGAUUUUACCAAAUUUACUUGUUCCAAUUACCACAUUUUAAUCCUGUUUGUCGGCAAGAAGACAAGAGCGUUGCUCAAGAUAGAAUUUCCAGAAGAAACCAAUUUAUAUACAAUGGUUAUGUGACGGUGAGGUCAGGCUUGUGACAAGCUGUUUCUACACAUAUCAGUAUGCAAACCCCAAAGAAUGUCGAGAUAUUCAUAGAACAUGAAUUUUAAUGUUACCAUAGAAACUGAACAUCCACUAUGGUCAUGUGAGAUUGUAGUGGUAGUUAUGGCAUCUUCCUAAUAUUCACCAAGAACGCCUCUUUGUCAAGAUCGGUAAGUUUGUCAGGAUGGCUCUUAAAGCUGAAGAAAUGGCUAUCUGUUCUUUGUAAGAGAAAUCCGAUUUAACAGUUAAUAUUCUGGUUCUCCGGGGAAUGAUUCUGACAAUCAUUUUUAUGCAGAUUGAAGUAAUGUGUUCCAUUUAUUUUGAGUUGGGGCUUGAGUUGGCACUGCAGCUUUAUAUAUCACGCUCAUUUGUUCUCAUAGAAGACAAUCAUGAUGUUUUUUACUGACUGACGUAAAACACAAAAUAACUAUAAACAGUGAAAUAUUACUAAGCAUUAGAUUAAAAUAUUACAUAAAUUAAAUUAAAAUAUUCCGUGGAAAAAGUCAUGAAUAUUGUUUCUCUGUUGUACCUUAGCUGACUAAAUAAUGACUACACACCUUGUUAACUAAAUAAGAUUUCAAGACCCAAUCAGAUGGCUUUUAGGAAGUAGAUAUAUCAAGACCUUCUUACAAAGUUGGCUUGUGUCACCAUGCUACUACAGCGAGAGUUGGAACGAUACACUGAAGUCACGAUACGAUACAGAUCACGAUACUUAGGUCACAAUGGGUGCAAUAUUUUGAAAUAAAAUCUUAUAUAUUGACAGAAAAGGAAAAUCUGUAGACCUUGUGCAGAUGUCAACAAUUUGUGCCUGGUUUUAUUACAGAUUGAAGCAGAUUGGGGUAUUGUAUUGUAUCACGUCCUGGUGAAUCGUUCCUCCUAACAGUACAGGACAGAGUUGUGAGGACAGAGUUGUGUCAGUCGGCUGAUAUGUCAUGCAUAAGCUUGGUUGCCGGUUUGUUAUCUGGGUCAAGAACUGUAGCAUUUUUGCUCUGUACAAAAAAUGGUUUGAAGAAUCCUUUGGGUAAACCUCUAUAUUGCUGUUAUUUAAAUGUAAUCUAACUUAAAGAGUCUGAUAUUUAUGUCAAUGUUAGUGAAGGGACACUAGACCAUUAGAAGGAAAACAUAUCCUUGCUAGCUUUGGAUAAUUAACAUGGAACCUGUUGAAAUCUUUUAGCUGCCUGAGAUCUGUCUUCUAACUAAGUCAUGUCUUAAACAUGGACAUUGCUCUUAAAACUGGCAGUUUGUGGUAUAUGUUAAGAUGGAUAUGGUCACAUUGCUACAGAAAUUGGCAGUGUGUGGUAUAUCUUGCAAACAUUGCUUUAGUAAGAUGGACAUGGUCACUUUCAACCAGGAAUCAACUAAAUCGCUUCUGGGUUAUCAAAUCUAGGUCAUUCGUGAAUAUGAUUAAUUCAGUUAUAUGAUUGAUAAUUCCUAGAACUCGAAUUAUCAGUUGGAAUAUUCACACUGAUAACCGGCACCACGAGAAUGUCAGUUUGAAUAUUCCGACUCCUUCCCUACACCAGAUAUUUUGAAAGAUAACCGCCAUGGUUCUUCAGCUGUCAAAAUCUGAUUAUUCCUAUCUAUCUGGAUGAAGAGGCUGUUCGUGUAUGCUUGUCCCAGCAUGGGUUUUCCUCCAGUGAAUGCUAGUCAAAGAGGUGAGGUUUUAGUCAACCAGUGUACGCCAAUGGAUAAAUUAAUUUAAUUUUUUACAAAUGUGUCAUUGUGUGUGUACAUAUGAUGUUUACAAGAUGUUCUCACAAUGCAGUGAUGUCCUGUUGCCUUGUGGGAUACUGUGCAAUACUAUUCAUAGCCUAAAGUGUCAGCUCUAGGAACAGGUUGGAGGUCAUGUUUGCUCACUUGUGGUUGGAGCUGAAGAUUCUAGGAAGGUUGUCCAUAUCGGUAUCCUAAGACAGUUCUUCUAAUUUUGAUAUAUUGUUUUUAAUUUGGGCUAUGGGGGAUGUAUUGACCAAUAAGUUAAAAUUUCAAUAUGCUUCUAUAUUUAAUUCAUUUUAGGGCAAAAUAGCAUUUUCUUGAUUCGCAUUCUAACGAGGAUCUUUGAAAAAUGUUUAAAUGCAUUUAGAAUCUAUUGAUUGAAAAUAGCGGUUUUGACUUCCUUCCCAGAAUUUCCUCUUUGAUUUUGUUAUCAACAAGCAUCAGAUGUUCUGUGUUCCCUUAACAAAUUAAGUAUUCAGUUGAUUCAGUGCACCACUGUGUCUACUCCUGGUCCAAUUGAAAGUGUCCGUAUGCCACCCACUUUAGGCAGGCAGGUCGUUUCCUGUAACUGGGGCUGAUAAUUUGGGCUGUGCUAUCUUAUCUGUAUAGCAACUCUGGUCACUGACUAGUGACAACCUGUAGAUAUGCGUUAUAUUUAAAACUUGCUUACUUAUUAAUAUAUAUCUUUGUUGGUCAUUUGAUAAGUGUGCUUCUGUAGCAAGUGCUUCAGUUAGAUGAUGAGAAUAGCUGUAGCAGGUCUGAAGGUGUAUGCUACAUGUCUCCUGUGGGACUUAGUUAACAGGUUAACAUUACAAUUUUCACAGUUAACCUUUUGUUUUUAUUUUUGCAAACUCAGGAAGUUCACAAUACUGCAGUUAGUAAGGAAUAGGGAAUUAAAUGUUAAUGGAGCUAUGGCAAUAUCUUGUCCAUAUUGCACCAUAGAGAAAUUGACAAAAUACCACAUUGUUUUUAAACUAUCAUGGGAUAAAGGGAUGUGUUAUUCAUUCAUACUUUAACCAAGUAUUAACUUUUUGUUUGAUUGCUUUUGGAUAUACAUGUAGAAUGUUAAAUUUUGCAAUUUCAGCUUUGUGAUAAUUACCAGAUAUCAAUAGGUCAACAAAUCUGUGGAGAGUCCUUAUUUUCCUGCAUUUAGUACAUUAUUGUUUGUUGGCAAUUUUGUAUAUUUGAGGAAUCUCAAACUAGUUGUACAUUGUAUUUGAUGUUUUUAGAAUCCAAUUUAUUGAUUUGUUUUUAAAUGAAACUCAUUCGAUUUGAAAACAAAUCAGUUUAUUUGAUUUUAAAAUUUCAAUUUUGUUUUAUUUUGGGGAGGUUAUCAUCUGCCUUGCCAACUCUCGUACCAUCGCCAGAGUGUCUCUUGUUAUCAUAUCAACACAGUCGUCCACCAGAUAUACUAAGUAUGUUCUGUUGGAUAUACCCAACCAUUUCAUUCGUAUGACAUACACCUUCAGAUUUGGUAGUUUGUAUGUAUAUUUUCACCAUUGGUAUAGUGAGGAAGCAGCUGUGGGGAAAGGGAGGUACUACCUUGACAGUGCUGUUUAUUUGGUUCAUUACUACGAUCCCUAGGAAGGCCCUUGACGGGGGGCAAACUGAAUCAAACAACCUGCUUCGUAAGACUGUAGUAAUAACUUCAUGUGUCAUGUGAUAAAAUCAUUCUCAUUUGACAGUAAUGGCAUUUAAGUGACAUCUUUCAAGCUUUAAUUUGUUGAAUGUGUCAGUUUUAUUUUCAAACCCAAAUGGGUAUUUCAUUUAACAUUUUGAUGAAAGUGAUUUUAUGAGUUUAUUCUUUAGAGAUGUUAAUGUGAGGAAAGAAUCAAAAUUCAAGUCUUGUCAAGAAACUUAUGUUAAAACUGAUCAUUAUGCAUUCAUUUGUCGACAACCAAAAGUUUUUUAAACAUACUAUCAACUGAAAAGUUAAAACUUAGAUGUUGAUAAUAGGAACAUUGGAUAUGGAACAAACUUUUGUUAAAUUAACAGUUCAAUCUUUAAUGGUCAAUGUUGCAGAUUGUGUUAACAAUGGUUUUGUCACACAAGUAAAACACAGAAAAAACAGUGUUUUUGUUGACGGUAUUUAUUGAAUAAUGUGAAAUACUAGUAUAUAAAUCCAUUAAACGGUGCUGUAUGUGUAUUGGAAGCUUAUUAAGUUGUUGAAUGAUACGGAAUUCAUUCUAAUUUAUAAGUAAUCUUUAUCCAAAAAGUGUCAAUUUCUUGAACGCUGAUAGGAAUUUACUAUUGUACUGAUCCUGAGAUAGUUUCUUGGAAUAUAAAUUUGGCUUGAAUUUUGAUUUUGAUACAUCACAUGCACUCUUCAUUUUAGUUUUUCAUUUUAUACUUUUAAGUCAAUUAUUUUAACCAGGCUGUUUCCUUAAUGGAAAUGUUGAUAAUCAUUUUAAGUUGUAAACAUCCCCAUAAGAAGGUCCUGUGACAACUAGAUCGCAAGCGACAGCACUAAACUUUUCACACACCUAAAUGAUCAAUUUCUUAUUGUCAAAUCCAUCUGUUCUACACUCUAAAUAUUGUUCGAACCAACACUUGAACGUUCAUAGAAUGAACCUUAAAAUGACCAUGCCAAAGUGUAAGAAUUAACCUUUUGAUAACAAAUAUUAUAGGCUGGACUAGAGUUGUGGUAAUGUGUUGUUGAAAGGGUUAAGCUGUGCAUACUGUUGUAUUUAUUUGCAGCUUGCUGCUAGAUAGACUGAUUGGGAGAGAGUAAGAGAGAGAAUGUUGAUGAAUGAGUGAGUCCGUUGGAGCAUGUGUGUUGUGUUUGAGAUGGAAGAUAACUCACCAUGUCCCAGCACAGCACACUGUCCUGCCAAGUUUUCAUGGCGGAAAGUUUUGUAUAACAAAGCUUCUUUUACAUAAUUUUCCAGUUAGGGAUGUAAAUCUUACUAGCACACCGUAAUAUCUGUGCGAUUGUUUUAAGAUUAAGGUAAACACUUUCAGUAAAAAAGAAUAUUUCUCUUGGUCUUUGUGAAUGAUAAUCGUUCUAUGGGUGGACCAUAUUUGACAUUUCAGGAAGCAAAUUAAAAUUAAAAAAUCAAAUCAACUCUAGAAAUCUUAAUCAAAUUAAGAUGUCAGAGUUGCAAUAUGAUUAAUUUCUUAUGAAACCUUUGAAAACAGAACAUCACAUAUUUAAAAAAAUCUCAACAUUUUUUAUUUUUUUACAUUUUGAUAGAUUAUUCAUCUUAGGCUUGCCUGUAAAACAACAAAAUUGGUCCGGCCUCAUGAGGAUUUUAUGAUAGGAAAUAAGUGAGUGUUGUGACAGGUGCUGUGCUGAGGAUAUAGUGCAGGCGAAGCUGAGCAAAUUGUAUAUACAUCCCUGCGUCUGUAUGUUCGCGUGCAUGUACUGCGUCCAGCGUCCCUGUCUAUCUGUUGUGGGUCCACAGUCUAGAUGUCUACGGUUGUCUCUGUGGCUCGAAGGUAUUAAUUUUAUGUAAUAAAACAGUCACGCAAAGCCUUA